AUGAUCGUGCAAUUCUCUAAAUAUUAGGGUGUGGAAGAUCUUGAAUAUCCAACAAACAGUCCAAGUUCGUUUACAACUGCGGACAAUAGCCUUUACAAUGAAUUUGGACAUUUUGUUUUUAAGGAUCCAAACUUUGAGGUAAUAUCUUUGGACACUGUGUUUAGUCCUAUAGUUCUUUUAAAUGUUUAGUUGAACGUAGAUACUCUAGUAUUGUUGAUUCUAUUUAUGAUGUUGACUUGUCAUGUACGUGGCCCUUGUUUCGUGACUGUUCGUGUCAUAGGACGUAAAUUGUGGUGCACUACUGUAGGUGUGCGUAGAGUUAUGUGUGUAAUGUUAUAUAAAUUAGUUUUAGUAACGUUUGGGAAAGUAUCUUGCAUGGUUCUUCGAGUCCCGUUUAUACCUUGCCCAUUUAGGGUCUAUAUUCUAUUAAUAGUUUGAUUGAAUAUUUCAUACGUUUUUUCUUUGUAAUAUAUGAUUAAUUGACCCUAAUAAAGAUAAUAAUAAUAAUAAUAAUAAUAAUAAAAAAAUUUUAAAAAAUAAUAAUAAUAAUAAUAAUGCUGUUUUAAAACUGAAAUACAUAAUUAUUUUUUCGACGCAAGAAAGAAAAUUAAAUAUGAAACGAAAACGUUAAACGAAAAUUUUGCCAAGAAAGUUCGAACCUGCCGUUUCCGGAAACGUGAAGCUUAAAACCCCUAAUAAUCUCUUAAUCCGGUGUAGUAAUCUCUUAACACCCUAACAUCCACCCUAACUCUAACCUCUGCAACCAACGCCCGUGAGUUAGUCAAACCAGGCGCCUAUAUAUAAGCGCCCUGAGUCGAACUGUUUCCAAAGUUAUCUUCUAUUUCUCGGGAGCAAAAAUCCUGGAUACGAAGUUUGUCAAUGUUUAUUAUAGCAUUCUGGUGUUAAUUCAACGAAGAAACGUUUAUGGAAAAAUUUGAAACAGAUUAUUUCUCAGGAGAGAACUUUACCUUGGAAACAAGAUGAUCCGACAUGUACGUUGUGACAUAGUUACGUAUUUUACAAGAUUAUUCUUAAAGGUUUCUCUUAUUUAAAAGAUUCUGUUAUUUAAAAGAUUAUCUUAUUUGACGUUUUAAGCGGGAGUCCUUAAUCGACAGAACAGUAAAUAAGCACUACAUGUAUUCUUUUAGAUAGUUCAAUUGAAGCUCCACCAUCUUUUAAACCAGCUAAGAAAUAUUCUGAUCUAACAGGGGUACCGGUGAGUUGAAAUUAACAGUGUGAUCUUCGAUUCUUUAAUUUUCAACCUUCUAAUAGUCGUCCGACGUUGUUAAUCAGGUGGCAAGCUUAAAUUAUAUGGCCUAUAGAGAAAACUAGUAAUACUAACUAAAGUGACUGUUUUUGUCCCAUUUGAGCCUUCGGUUCUGAUUUGGGUUUUUAACUAAAGGCCCGUUUACACGGGCGAUUUUUGCUGCGAUUUUCUCCUUUGGAGGAUGUGAAGGAGUGUACGAGUUAUAAAUGUUCCAGAUUAUGAAAUCUCAUAACAAUAUCAAUAAGUAAUCUAUUCCUUCAGAUCCUCAAAAAGGCGAAAAUCGCAGCAAAAAUCGCCCGUGUAAACGGGCCUUAAGUUAUCCUAAUUGGUUUAAUCGCAUGCCUUGACAUGUACAGUAAACGCAAACAUAACAUUUCUACUUCUUAUAAUUUCCUACAGGCAAAGUAUAAAGAUCCUCAAACAAGAAUGCUUUACAGCACGAGUGAAGAAUUCUCGACAAUUCGUAACCUUCCAAUGGACAUUAUUGGAGGAUAUCUUACGUUACGAAAAGCCGCGCCAACGUGA